AUGUCACAGGUUCCACAAUUCAUAUUGGAGGAUGCUGCAGAAAAGGAGCAAAAAGUACGCAUAUUCUGCACGCAGCCGCGUCGUUUACCGGUUCUUGCAGUAUCGGCACGUGUGGCAAAAGAACGAAACGAAAAAUUAGGCACAACUGUUGGUUAUCAUAUCAGGCUGGAACAGAAGAUCUCAGAACAGACAGUAUUAACUUACUGUACCAGUGGAGUAUUGCUACGAUUGCUCACAAGCGAUACAAAUGCAUGUAAUAUUUCACAUAUUAUCCUGGAUGAAAUCCAUGAACGGGAGCAAAAAACCGAUUAUCUCUUGAUAGCCCUUCGACAAGCGCUGAAGCAGAGGGAUGAUCUAAGGAUUAUCUUAAUGUCAGCAACGAUGGAAGAUAGUCGCGAAAUGUUCAGAGAAUAUUUUGGCCCAGGGAAUGUCUUUUGUUUAGAUAUUCCUUCAACUCUACAUAAAGUGGAUAUGUUCUUUUUACCGGAAGUACUGGCACUCACCGGCUACAAGUAUACCUCAUCGUUUGCCGGUGGCUCGUUUUUUCGCCGAGAACCGAGAAGUCUGAACAACGAAAGCUUUGCGGAAAUUUACAGCACGUUGGUGUUUUCUUUUUUUUUUUUGCUCUUUGAAUAA